GAUAGCCAUGAGCUCAUUCACACGGCGCAGGCGCAGACCACGAGACCCGUCGAGAUCCCAACUCGAGUCUGCCUUGACAUUCAGUUGCCGUCGCGAUCUACCAAGAGACAGUAUCUCCAAAAUUUUAAGUUCCUCGCUCGGAUUUAUUUUUUAUAUGUUUUAGUGUUAAGUGUAUCCGCAUUUCAUUCAGCUUUAAUAAAAUCAAAAGCUAUACAACAUCUGUGGUUCUUCUUUUGGAAUAUUUAUAAAGUGCAGUUGGAUUCCACCCAUUGCUAAAUAAAUACAGUGUAUUACCUUUCUGUCAAAAGUUUAUUGAGACCAACUCCACGGAAUCUGAAAGGCUAAACCGGACACUCGAUACCACGGCCAAACAAUAGCUAGGCUUUUGUAUACAAGUUUCGUUUAUAAUAAGGAAGCGGAGAGCUGCCUGCCGGCAGUUCUUGGCACGACAUGGUCGUGUCCGAAUCAGAAUCCGAGUUUCUGUCUGAAUCUGAGCCUGAACCUAUGAGUGAGCACCAGGCAGCCAUCGACGGAAAUCUAGAAAGCUUGCUUAGCACUCCUGCCCAAGAAGGAGAGGUUGAUCUAAGUCCUGAGUGUGACGAGAAUCGAACAGCUACCAUCAGAAAAGGUUAUAGUCCAGAAGACAUUGCUGAGCCCAAGGACCUGGAUGAGCGUCAGACGGAUAUUAAAAGUCCAGCUAAGGAAGACACAACAAGGCCUCUUGUUCUGGAGGAAAGGCACUCGCUGUCCAUAGCGGAGACAAAAAAGCGAAGAGCCAGUGUGUAUUCCAACGAACUCCUGUUCAUACCCAAGGAACUUGCUCGGAGCGAGCUUCAGCAGCGCACAAGGAGCCUCAGCAGAUACGCCAAGAAUCGGGAGUACCACCUGCGAAUGCUGAAAUUCCCCGUGGGAUCCGGUCGUCCUCGCUACGUGGCCAAGCAAAUGAAGAAGGAUCGAGAUGAUAGCCAACCAACAUGCCAGGAGCCCGAUAACGAAUUCGAAACCAACGAAUACCCCGUGGAUAUCAAAGAGGAAGAGUUCCUAGAGGAGGCAUCCGAGGAAAUUCAGGACUUAAGGGAGCGGCCCCUGAAUAUGCCCGAUUUGGGUGCAGAAAGUGAAGUGAAGAAUCAACUGCCCGACGAUGAAGAAAUCAGCGUUAAGCUCUUCGACUUGGUGAAGAAGGAGGUUGGGAGUAACGAUUCUUUGGAGGAGCAGAACCGAAAAAUCCUGCAGAGCCAGCGGGAAAGUGUGAUAAGGACCAGCAGCACUAGGCGAACGCAUUAUCCCUACUUAUGCUGGCACAAUCCUGAAAGAGAAGCCCUGCCCUUUAAGAUGGAACCCACGAGCCAAUGGAAAACCAAAAGUGAGCCGGAAAUUCAAGAUGGUAAUGAUGAUACCAACGAUUUAGAAUCCACGGAAGACACGGAAGUUGAAGAUAUACCAAUUCCUGAUCUCGUUGAACAACCUUCAGAAGUGGAGUCCCAGCAACCAGAGACAAUCAGCUACUUAUACAAUCCCGCUCAGAACCAGUUAACCCCUGAAGUUCAGCUCCAAGAGCAAGUCGCUGGAGAAGUGCCUGCCACUAACCCCACCAUGCAACCUCCUGCAACAUCCGGAUCCCCUGAAGAGUCUGGUCAAACAGCAGACUCCCUACUGCGUCAGCAGUUAAUACAUCACAUUGUCCAGCCGAAUUUGUGCAACGAGCAGGUCUGCCAAUCCAUCAGUUGCAACAACAACGCCGCCGAUCGAGCCAAUCAAAAUCUCAGACAUCACCAGUAUGUCGGUGCUUCAGCUGCCAGUGAUCCCAGUCCUCAGUGGAACCCACCAAACCAACCGUUUCACAAGCAGCAAUUGCAUAUUCACCAGCAAUACCUGCAGCAGCAGCUCCAUCAGUCGUCCAGCCAACAGCAACAGGAGGCUAUCUACCAGCAACAUCAGCACGAGGCGGAGGAUAAACUGCAGCAGAUGCGGGUCAUGUACCAGAGGAUCAAGUGCAGGGAGGAGGAGCAACUGCAUCAGCUGGGCAAGUCCUUGAAGAAGCUCCUGGACGAUCGGUUGUCCUGCGAGCGCCAGCAUGCGGAGGAGAAGCGAUUGUUCAUGCUCAAAAUGGAGCAGAUCAGGAAGGUGGAGGAAAAACUGAAGUCGGACAGGGAGCACAUAAAGCGCCAACUGAGAUCGGAUCUGAGAACUCUGGAGCUGAGAAUGGCGGACCAGCAGCGCCAGCAGGAGGAGAAGGCUUUGGCCUGGUCCUGGCAGCAGCAGCAGCAACAGCAGCAGCAGCAGCUACAACAGCAACAAUUGCUGGUGCAACAGCAACACCAUUUUGUGCACCAUCAUCACAGUCAAGAAACUCAUUAUCCCAACCAAGAACCAUACAUGCAGCAGUCGCUCCUGUACGAUCCUCCACCUUAUGUAUACCCAACUGCCUACCAAGAAUCCAUUGUGUACCAGCAGCGCAUACAGGCCUUUCACGACCAUCAGCAGAACUACAAUCCCGCAGAGUCGCACACCACAGCAGUUGAGUUGCAGAGAAGACUGCUCCUGCCACCGCCUCCAUACUGCCAAUCCAACAGCAGGACCUCCACUGAGGUUAGCCCCAAUUCGCGGAAGGUGAGACAUCGUCCAGCCGCCGACCAAAGGACAGAUCCCUAUGCCAGGACCCAACUGAGAGGUCCUUUGCCACCCGCUGCAGAGAUCAUGCAACUCCAGAGGAGCCCACAUAUGAGUCCACCCGCAGCCCAAGUGCACGAGCCCAGAAGCGAACCCUACGGUAUGGCCUCUGUCAUGACGAACUAUGUGGCCAACUUGAUGAAUAUGCGUGCUGAAAGAUAAUUACAUUGGCAGCAUGAACUGCUAAUUUCUUGUGAUUUAAGUAAGACUUCUUUAAGGGUGUAAAAACAUAGUUUAAGCCAAAAGGAAUUUGUUAAUCGAAAAUUAAAAUGGCUCAUUUAUGUCCUAUUUUUGUUAUUACUACUGUAAGUAAAAUAAAAAUUAAUAAGGAUUUUAAAAAGAACGUUUAUCUACUUUUUAAGAAAAUAUGUUACUGUCACCUCAACAGAACUCGCUCUGACUGUUAUAACUUUCGAGUUAAUGGUAAUUAUUUUAUAGAUCAGA